CCUUCUGUUGUCGUGUUGGGCUGGAGGUGGUGGUGCGCAGUCUCAGUGACAUGGGCAGAUAUCACACGAGUUAGCCACCGCUCAUAACGUUCCUAUCAUCAUCAAAAAGAAGACAGAAGUGAGAGCUAAACUGGUGGGUCGUUACUGCGUCUGCGCGGCAUGGCCCUAAUCUAGGAUUAUGGAGGCUUAUCUAAACUCGCUGUUUAUAAAGUAUGUUUUCGGUGGGAAAUUAGCUAGUCGUGGAUGGCACGACUGGAGCGACGUAUCGACGGUGGUGCUGCGAGGCCGAGAGUAGUGUCGUGCUGAGGACGCCUUCCGCGACGACCUGGCUGAGCGGUGGUCGUAACGGGGCUUACGGCUUAGCACGUGGCAGUGACUUUAAUCGGUGGCGGACCCCAACCUUGGUGCCGCCUCAGUAUCUUCCCGCCGCCCCCGGUGACCAUGUCUGGCUCUCCCGGCGUGGCACUCUGGCUGUCCCGGUGCCGCCUCGAGUAGUCACCCCCUCGCUGCCGCCUCCGCCAGCCGUCGCUGAAACCACCUAAGUUGAGAGCUUUGAAGCAACACUGCUAGCGGCCGCCCUCGUGCAGGGAGGGAGGUGGAGGGGAGCUGACCGCCCCGCCGUGACCACUGACCUGACCUGAUCUGGCCUCAGCGAUGGACUUUCAGAGCGCCAUGGAAACGUUUGCUGAAGCGUGGAUGGCUGCCAACACCAAGUCUCGCCCAGGCUCCUCCGACCACCAGCGGGAGGGGAGCGCCGGAGCGGACCAAUGGGGCGGCCGGAGGAGGUGACACCCCGGGAGUCAGCCGCUCAUUCUGACCAAUGGGGACUCACCGAACAGACAGUCUCCCGUCUUAUUGGCUCGAGACUCCGAAGUGAGCCCCAAGCCCCUGAGUGUGGGUAAGAACAUUCCCUUACACGUGGUGGUGGAGACGGUGCCGCUGUGUGGGGUGGGCGUCGAGGAUCUGCGUGGGCGUAUCGACAUGGACAGCUACGCCCUCAUCCCCGCCCACACCCGCUUUACGGACCUCCUGCAGGCCGCCCUCGUCAAGCUGGGCUACUCAGAGGAACUUACGCAGGCAAGAGGCUUGCUUCAGCUGAGGAACUGGCGCCCGCUGCCCUUGGAGACCAUCCCGGAGACGGAGGACAAGACAGUAGCGGAGGUGUUGUGUGACGUGGCGCCCCUCGCUACCCUGCACGUCCGCAUCUACAGCAGUCCCUGGAAGGUGCGCUGCGCAAGAGACAUCAAGGACCGCCUUCUGCGCCUCCUCCUACAGCAGUCCCAUCACCUCCUGGUCUCCGCAGGCUGCCCGCUUGAUGAAAGUCUACUGACGGCGCUUAUUCGAGGCUCCGGGGAGGUGAGCGAGGAGUCGGCCCGCCAGUUCGAAGCUUGGUGGGCUGUACAUGUGUCCCGCCCGCCCACCGCCGCCCACGUCAUGACACCCCCGCACCACGUUCACGCCCGCCCACACCCACUAGAGAAGUUGCCGCCGGAGCCUUUGCAUCCCGCUAUUCAGACGGUGGGCAGCCAGUACGGCCCGCAGAAGACCAGGAUGAGGACGAGCUUUGACCCUGAGCUGGAGUUGCCGAGGCUGCAGCGAUGGUUUGGAGAGAAUCAACACCCGACCCGCCUUCAGAUCCAGCAGUACGUGGCGGAACUCAACGCCCUGGAGUCUCGUCGGGGCCGCAAGCCGCUAGACAUCAGCAACGUGGUGUAUUGGUUCAAGAACGCGCGGGCUGCCUACAAGCGGCAGGAGUUCCGCACCUUCAAUGGUCUCAAGUCGCCGCCGCCGCAGGACGAGACGAGCGUCAGUGAUAACGAAGACGCCACCGCUGCUUCCACAGCCUCCGCCGACCCUUACCCCGGCCCGCCCCCCUCACACCACCCGGCGGGGCCCUCCCCGCCCCCGACCACCACCCAUGACCACCCGCAUUCCCACCAGUCACAACAACAACAACAGCAGCAACAACAACAACAACAACAGCAACAACAGCAACAGCAACAACAGCAACAACAAUCUCAACAGGAAGAAAAUCAGGAGGAUGAUGAGUCUCGGCCGCCCGGCUCGGAUCCACCUGAGAGCUUGCAGGGACGCAGCCAGACGGCAGGAGGGAGUUCCGGCGGCCAGAACUCCGGCGGGGAGCGAUGCCAGGCGGAGAGCGACGUGGACAUGAGUGAGGACGAGGACGAAGUGCGGUCACGGGACAGCGUCAGCGUCACUCUGGAGAGCAAGUGUUCCCCUCCGCCUGUGGUGUCUCCUGGCGCCCUGUCGUUGCCACCCUACCCGCCGCUCACGGGACUGGGCCAGGCUGGCAUGGAGCGCCUGCCCUACCCUGUGGUGCCUGGCUCUCUGCUGCAGCAUUCCAUGAUGUAUAUGGCUCACUACAUGCCGCAGGUGUCACCUUUCUCCGGCGGCCUCGGGAGCAGCGGACCGCCGGAGGAGCGGCGCAAAAGGAAUCGGACGUUCAUCGACCCGGUGACAGAGGUGCCGCGCCUGGAGCAAUGGUUCGCCAUCAACACUCACCCCAGCCACAACCUCAUUCUCAAGUACACCGAAGAGCUCAACCGCAUGCCCUACCGCCAAAAGUUCCCGAAACUCGAGCCGAAAAAUGUUCAGUUUUGGUUUAAAAAUCGACGUGCCAAGUGCAAGCGGCUGCGGGUGUCCAUGUGAGGCGCGCCGUGGUAGACUCCGCUGCGAGGCACAACACGCGGAGUUACUCGUCUGAUGGAGUGACUUGGGGUGGUGGAGUGACUUGGGGUGGCAGCCUCUCGUGGGGCUCAAAUUACGGGUCGCAGCAACUUGAAGGUCACCUCUCCUCAGAGUGAGGGCCUCGCCACCCCUGGACGCCCGUGUGCAGGGGCAGGCCGCGCGCCGCUGGGUCACUCACCGUACGCCGCGUGACGUGUUAAAAAUUGUUGAUGCGAUAAAGUGACGGUCGGCGAGGUUUGAGUACCGACGCUUGUGUCAACACUUACGUUCGUUCACGAUGCCAAAAUUACAUCCGGUGGAAAAUACUUGUUACUAUAUUGAAUACUAUAUUUGUCAUUACUGAAGUGGAAUUAGUGCAAUACCCUACUCUGGAAAGAAAAAAAAUGUUUAGCGGGUUCUGCUAAGGUUUCCCUUAUGGUGGCUCUUGACUGCCCAUCAAGACCUCAGCGGUGAAGCAGCAGGUGGUGGUGGCGGCGGCAGGAGCAGCGGUGUGCCGGGCCUUAGCAGGCUCCACCAGCAACGCCACUCCCAUGAGCGGUGGCGGCCUGCUGUCUCUCAGGACAGAUGACUCUCGCUCUCUAUCACGGGACAACCACGCCAGGAUUUGUUAAUUAAUUUUGUUUGGAAUAAGAGAAGUGUCGGAUUAUCAUAAACACAUCACUACGUAUAUUGUUCAGAUGGCGCUUUUGUAAUAACGCUGAUCAUUCCAAAUUAGAGAAAAUAUAAUUGUGCUGCAGAUCGUGAAAAUUUGUAAUGCAUAUACACACUAAUAGCGGACAAAUCUGUCAGCUAGUAAGCCUCGCUAAGCUCUUAUCCUAUGUUCAUGUAAAACUUAAAGGUUUUAGUACGGUUUUGUUGUACGUGGCGUGAUGUUGCGGUCCCGAGUGUUACAGCCGCUGCCUCACCGCUGCCAAGCCUGCCGCUGCUGUCGCCGCCAGGGACUGCAGUGGAUAUACUCAUUUCCUUUCCCGUGUCCCCAGGACAGUGAACCAAACGAUCGGCAAAGCUGCUAUAAAUAUAACUUCGUGCUGUGUUUUGUUCAACUCGUGCAAGAUUGCUGCUAAUACGUGUAGGAUAUGUAUAUGUAUAUAUAUAUAUAUAUAUAUAUAUAUAUAUAUAUAUAUAUAUAUAUAUAUAUAUAUAUAUAUAUAUAUAUAUAUAUAUAUAUAUAUAUAUAUAUUAGUGAUGAAGAGCAGACGUGGUGUGGCCUCGGCGGGGCGACUGAGCGCCUGUGGCGUGACGUGAGGGCUGCCUCGCCUCCCUGAGCUCAACGAUAUUGGAAAGAGAAAAAAGAUGAAAAAAAAAAUCGAUUUUUUUUUUUUCACCCAGCUUGCCUGAAGACCCAAGGUGACAGCAGCGCCGCGGCAGGUGCGGCGCGCCGCUCCCAAAACUGUGGUUGGUUCAUCGUAGCCGUUCAUUAUACUUGAUGAUAUUAAGGUACUUAGGAUUAUGUCUAUGUCUGUUCCCUGGAGAGUGUGUAUUAUUUAUUCAGUGUGUGCGUGUGCGUGUGAGCGUCACCGUGCCCGAGAUCUAGUCAAUAGGCGCCGCCACGCCCUGCAGGGGCUGGGCGGCCGAGGGGCACGGCUCUGAUCCCCCUGCGGGACACCACUUCCAGAUCCUCUAUGAAAUAAAUUAUAAAGGGAGAUAUCGGUGCGUAUAACGUGCAAAUGUAAUAGACAUGUAUAUUGAGAAAUACUCGUACAUAUAUUUGAUAUGUAUCAGUAUUUUUGUAUUUUGAACGGAAUUAUCCAGUUUGUUUGGAUUAGUAAUUACCUCUGCGUCAUGUUGCAGUUUGUCGUUCAGCAAAACCUUCACUUCGUGUCGCCUCAUUACCAAUAGUCACCUCACACCGACUGGCGGCCCCGCGCUGCCAGUCCCGCCGCCAUGGUAGUGUCCCCUCCCCCUCCCCUCACGUGUCCGGGCGCCACCCACGCCCCGGCACGCCCCCGUAGAUAUGGACCGUUUCCCUCUGGUUCUUUGUGAUAUUUUAUUAUAUACAAUACUUGACAUGUAAAUAAGAUUGUUAUAUAUUUCAAUUUCUGUGUGUGAGUGUGUGUGUGUGUGUGUGUAUGUGUGUGUGUAUGUGUGUGUUCCGGUCACUCAGACUCCCCCCCCACCAUACUCAACAUUUGCAUUAAGUCUUUUUAGUCGGCAAUGUAUUGCAAAAAUACACACUCUUCCCCCUCCCAAUAAAAAAAAAAAUCAACAAAAAACUAUCCUAGAAAAAAAAAACAAUAUAAAAUAAAUGCAGAAAAUAUUCCAACAAGAAAAAAAAGUAAAUAAAUACGAGUGAUAACAGUGAUGAUGACGACGAUGGUGGUGACGGUGAUGAUGGUAAUACGUGUAGACCGUGUGUGUGCGUGUGUGUGUGUGUCGGUUCGAAUCGUCCCUCUUCCCCACACUUUUUAAACCUCUUGUGUUUCUGUUAGACAAGGAGUCCAGUCAGUGUUGUGUUUGGAUUCUGUAUAUAUCCCGUGUUUUGUACGUUGAAUGUUUACUAGAAAGCGUUCGUGUAAAGACAUUCUAGGGACUAAAGAAAAGAAAAUGAAGCAAAAAAAAAAAAAAAAGGGAAGUCAAGUGAGUCUCCCAUCCCUUAGAUCUCAUUUUCUUUCACCAACCCGUCUCUCUCUCUCUCUCUCUCUCUCUCUCUCUCUCUCUCUCUCUCUCUCUCUCUCUCUCUCUCUCUCUGGGUGAGCUCACUGGGUUGUAUUGUACAUAAUGUUAAUACAAUGUUGUCAUGGGGUGAAAAAUGUAGUGUUGCUAGCUGUCUCCCCCUCACUCUUUCCCAUUCCCCUUAUCCUCAGCCCUGCCUUGCCUUCCCUUCUUUCCUCUUCCCCGUGUAUCCCACUCCUUCCAUUCCUUCAAUUACUUUUUCUUCUCAUACUAUACCGCUCAAGUUGUAUGCUUCCACCCAGGUUUCUCUCUCUCUCUCUCUCUCUCUCUCUCUCUCUCUCUCUCUCUCUCUCUCUCUCUCUCUCUCUCUCUCUCUCUCUCUCUCUCUCUCUCUCUGCCUCAUUAUCUCCCCCAUCACUCAUUUCUCUAGCACCCCAUCAUCCCAUCACUCUCUCUCUCUCUCUCUCUCUCUCUCUCUCUCUCUCUCUCUCUCUCUCUCUCUCUCUCUCUCUCUCUCUCUCUCUCUUAUCUUCCAUCUCUUAUCUCCUCCCUUUUUUCCCUUACUCCUGUUUCUGACCAUUAGAUUUUAGCCCACUUCCAUCCCUUUCCCCCUUCCCUCACCUCCCUUCCCCUUCCCCUACCCCUGGACGCACUCUCCCUCCUCCCUCUUCCCUCCUCCCUCACCAUAACCCACCAUCUGGAGGGGUGAGUAAGAUGUACUGAUUCAAGUGUUGUUCAUAAUAAAAUAUGUCACUUCA